GAAAUGACCAGUUUAUCGGCAGAAUUCAGGAUCUCAAGUUUUACUCGCUGACACUCACAAACAGGGAGAUAGCUCAAGUGUAUUCUGGAGUGUUUCCUCCUGUUCGAAUACAGUCGGAGUGUCGAUGUCCAGGCACUUAUCCUUGGGUCAAACCAGGCCAGACUCAGUACUGCAUCAGAAAUGGUGACCUGUCCACCUCAGCUGAUAUGACUCCCCGGAUAUCUAGAGAUGCUCAUCCGCUGGAGUAUACCAAUGAUGGCGACAGCAACAGCAUGUGGAUUUCUGGAUUCCAAAAUGAAGUUGAGAUUGACAUAGAUCUCGGUGACCAGUACCAG